AUGGAGAGGCUAAACACUAGAUGGUCAGCCCUGCCCCCCUUGUGGCUCAAACUUAACUUUGAUGGCGCUGCUCACAGUGAAGUUGCGGCGGGAGGUGGAAUUAUAAGGGAUAGCUUGGGCAACCUGAUUCUGGCCUAUGUGGGUAAUUUUGGCUCUACCUCGAGUAACAUGGCUAAAGCCCUAGAGCUCUUCUGGGGGCUUAAAUUGGUUCUCAAUAUUAAUGCUAAAAGACUGAUCAUUGAAGGGGAUUCUAGCCUAAUUAUUGAGGUGGCUAAAGGUGUUUCAAGGAUUAGCUGGAUGAUUAGCAACAUACUCAAGGACAUAUGGUCUAUGAUAAUUUGGCUUGAGGAAUUUCAAAUUCAACACAUUUAUAAAGAGGGAAAUUUGGUGGGGAACUCUCUAGCUGUGGCGAGCCUUGAGAUGAAAGGUAUGAGGUGCUGGAGACACCUGGAUUCACUUUCUAACAAACAGAAAUCCCUCAUCGAUAGAGACUAA